AUGGGUUUAAACAGGUCAAUAAAAGUACAUCUUGACCUGUUCGAAAAUCAGCUGUCCACCGAAUCAGAAGAGCAUCAAACAAUAAUGAAAAUGAUAAAUCGUUAUAGAGGAAAGAGAUUUGAUUCGAUUCGGUACCGUUUCGGCGUAGCUGUCCACCGAAGAAAAGAACAACAAAACGAAACGGCAGAAGAGCAGCAGCAGAAGAAGAAGACGGCGCACUGUGCUUCGUAUGACGAUCUCCAUAUUUUGGGAUUUUCUUCAAAGUAUAAUACAUUUUUUGGAUCACACCAUCUUAAGAAAAUGUUAAGGCAAUGGCAAGCACAGUGCGAAGCCGGGGAGGACGAUGAAGGCAAAGAAGAAGAAUAUUUGAGGCUCGGCGAAUGUCAAAUCGUGUCCGUUCGAUAUACCGACGUUAAUGAGACGAUGUGCGGCGGACCGCCGCCGCGCCUUCCAACCUCGCUCAGUAUGGCUCGAGCCGCGUUCACGGUCGCCACACUGCUGGCCACAUGCUGCUGCCAAGUCCACGCCACGCAAGACAGACACGCUCGCUCGGGAGACCUGGACAGAGGGCCCCCCGUGGCCCUGCAACGACGCCUCGAGAUGAGCACCGAGUUCUUCCUGAUACCGCCGACGCCUGCCCCGGCCGGUCACAUCACCAAGACGGUGUGCGCCGGCUGCCCGGCCGAAACCGAGAAGAUCGCCGGGUACUUCCGCGAAGAGACCUGGGUGAUCCCCGUGCUGGCCCUCAGCUCAAUCGCCAUGAUCAUGAUCGCUGGUUUCGAGGUUUUCGUGCUGUGCAAGGCCUGGAGGACCACCCCGAGCCGCAGACACUUAUUCCUGGGGCAGAUGCUUUUGUUGGGGUUGUUCGCUUGUGCGGCGUUGGGAGCGGUUGUCACCGCCUCACCCACGCAACUCACCUGCGCUGCGGUGAGAUUCGGCACCGGGGUCGCUUACGCAAUCGUGUUCGCCUCGCUUCUAGUGAAGUGCGUGUUUCUGAUUAGCUUGAACGGCGGCGUCUAUCUCCCGGCGCCCUACCAAGGCCUAUUGCUUCUGUUCGCGAUCUUGAUUCAGAUCGCUAUCGGGGUGCAAUGGCUUGUAACAAACCCGCCGUCUGUGAUGAACGUAGAUACCGCGAUACACAGCAAACAUAAAGUAUUGGUGACGGCGGAAGACAUCUCGAACCCCGCGGUGAUACCCCUGUGCAGAACGCCCUACUCGGAAAUACUGAUGUCCCUCAUCUACGUCGUCUUCCUCAUACUGUUCGUGACGGUUCUGGCGGUCAAGUCGCGCCGCAUCAGAGACAAUUACCGCGAGGCCACGUACAUCGGGUUGUCUGUGGGUUGCAGCAUCCCCACGUGGUUGGUGUGGACCGUGAGCGGUCUGGUGGUGAGCGAAAGGCAUAGGGACGCUUGCAUCGCCUUCGGACUGGUGAUCUCGUCGAUAUCCGUGUUUUUGAUCAUGUUCAUGCCCAAAGGCAGGCAGUUGGCCGCCAUGGGCAAGGAAGGGGUCUACGUGGAGGACCGUGAGGACCGAUUCUCCUCCUUGAGCAGGGCUGGAUCUGGAUACUCGCCCUCCUUCUUCCAUUUCAAACCCAUCAAGUAUGGGUUCACCCAUGGCAAUACCCACAAACACCAGCACACGGUCACCACUUUAGGAGGAGAUUUGGGAAUGUAUCCUGCACCUCCUAGUUAUAACAGGCUGUACCAGUAUCAGUGCUAUCCCAGCCCUCCAGGGUAUUACUCCACCAGGUGCCCCCCAGGUGGCGUGUUUCUACGUCCUGACGAUGGAAACGUUUAUACAACGUUGGAGCCCACUUUGAGCAGCAACCCCAACGUUUAUUUUCAGAGGGGAAAUGGGGUGCAUCCUGGAAUGAUGUAUUGAAAAACGAAAAACGAAUAUAACCAAAUUUGCCGGUUAUUGCAUCAUUAUAAAUGACAAUAGCUUGUUGUAUUCACGGAAAAAAACGAGCAUUUUAAUUCAUAUGUAUAUACAGUACAAAUUUUUAAAAAAAUUAAACAUAAAAUUAUAAAUUUGCUCUCCAAAGUGUAUUCAAAUUCAACAUGAACUAAAUGUGGACACAAAUCGAGUCACACCCUCCGAAUCGACCAAUAAGAACACACAAUCCGAGUCACACCCUCAGAAUCGACCAAUAAGAACGAGUUAUCACGCGUCUGGGCGUUUUGUUUGGUUAGGCUUUAAUUUGAAUACACUCUAGAUCAUUAUAUAUAUUUUUUUUUGUUUUGUCUAUAAUUUAUUUUAUUUUAAUUUUACUCUCAAUCAAAAACAAAUUUUUGUUGGUUUUAUUUUGUGAUAUGAAAGAAAGGGUAUUUAAAUCGGUUAAAUUUUUGUAUUUUUUGUAGUUUUAAAACUUAAAACUUUUAAUAUACAGAGAGUCGUUCGGAGUAUACUAGUACACAUUAUUUAGGAAGUUUUGAAAGUUUUAAAAUUCUACGAAUUUUACAAUACUUUCAAAGUUUCAAAACUUCCAAGAUAUUAAAAAAUUUUAAAAUUUAAAAAAAAAAAUUUAGAAAAUUUUAACAAAAUUUGAAAUAAUAACAAUUUUGUGAUUUUUGUCUGUUUUAAAAUUGUUUAAAAAUACAAAAUUUUACAAAAUUGUCUUACCAUAUUUAUAUUUAUACCACUGUGCAAUUUUUUUCAACCAUUUUUAAAUUUAUCCCAAUGUGCGAAUUUGUUAUACCAUUUUAAAAAUUAAAAUUUGAUUUUUUUAAUUAAAAAAAAUUACAUUUUGGGAUUUUUGACAAUUUUAAAAAACUUAAAAACCCAAUAUUUUUUAUAUUUAUACUACUGUG